AUGCUACUCAAGCCAAUGUUGCUCUUUGGCUAUGGCCUGUUGUAUACCAAUGCCAAGCCACUGUCCGACAUAUUCGAUGUCUGCAUGGACCAAAAGCUUAGCAGCAGCUGCCACAAGAUCUUCGAAACCAAUCCGAAGAAAGAGGCAAAGCCUUUGAACACUGCUUGGGAGCAUAUCGAAGCAAUGAACGAGGCUGCCGUCAAAGCGCUCGGGAAGGAUAGCUACGAAGGCGACGAGGAGAUUCGUCGACUGGCGACCAGGUUCUUUGGCAUCAAGCCUAAGAGAACGACGGUUGGCAAGCCGCCGAGAGCGGUUGUGAAAGAAGAGCUCCCAGACUCCGGAUCUCUCGAUAGCUCGAAGAUGCAUCGAGUUGAAUGUAGGUAGGUCCGGAGUCAAUCGUCCCCAGUGGAGGUUGCUGAUUUCGUUCUUCCAGUCUUCUUCAACAAAAUGAAGGACCUUAUUAACGGAGAAGCCAUCGACAAGUCUGGACACUAUGAGAAGAAGGUUUCCCUCGCAUGCGACAGCGAUUACAUGGACGUCCAGCGUGAAACGGAGAUGCUCGAGUCUGAGAUCGGCCAAAUGAUCCGACAACCCGGAACUCAUGGCAAUGGCAUGACUCUACAAGCGUGGCUCAAGAGCUUCAAGCAGGAGAAGGUCUCUAAGGACUCAGUAUGGAUGAAGAGCUUGAGCCCAGAAUUAAGCUAUUUCCCCAUUAGCGAAACGCGACACCCGACGGACUUGAACGGCCUCCCUUUCCCACGAGACAAGAAUGGCAUUAGUCAUAUCUGUCAGCUGCCAAUAAAUGCAGUUACUAUGAGUACGACCGACUACAUCUUCGAGGCAGCAAAAGAUGGUACUUACAAAGGCGAAGAGGAGAAACAUCACGCCAGAUUGAUCUUAUGUCCACGAGCAAUCCAGGGAAGUAAAAGGAUGGCCGGUAUCGAGAAGGAUUUGCUGCCUAAUGGAGAGCAAUCCAAAAACACCAUGCUGGAGAGUCUCGGCACAGGUACUUUGGCAUUCUACCACGAGCUUUGGCAUCUGCAGGCCAUGAUGAAUAGGGAUCCUCGGUAUGGCCAGUUUCCGGAUUCGGAUGUGCACUGGGCAAAGUGCGAUAGAGAUGGAAAAGACCAAUGCAAGAAGCUAACAAAGAAGUAAGUGCCUGCAUCUGAGAAUUAGACAGGGCAUAUUUACUGACCUUUCAACUUUGCUCGCCUAGCUGGUGGCUAAAGAAGACCGGCUUCACUGACCGAGAUGUGCUGAAUCCCGAGGGCCAUAUGGGCAGUGCUGGCUCCACCUCCAGUUCGAGUUCUGAGGGAAAGUCGAGCGCUCUCGGCGCCAUGGCUGCAACGUGAGUGAUGCGAGAGCUCCGCAGUUGACACCUUACAGAAGCUGACACCUGUCGCAGAUAUCUAUCGUUAUACGACAUGGCCCAGCCGGUGAGCCAGGAGCUCCGGCCGCUGCCUCAAAGCGCGAAGCAAGGCAUGGGCCAAGCGGGAUUGUUCAAUCCAGACAACUAUGUGUGGUUCGCAUAUGCCGUGUAUCUGCACGCGAAGCGUCCUUCAGAUCACUGGUCGAGCGGGUACUGUAAGAAGAGACCGGAAACGUUCGAGGAGAGCAUGACGCCGAUCACGGGUCAGUGGCAGUUCAGAUUCCCAUAA